UAUAAUCUUCCCUUGACUUCAAUAAGACAUGGAUAGAAAAUUUCAAGUAGGCCUACUGUGUGUGUGUGAGUGUGCGUGUGUGCAUGGCCAUUGUUGUGUCCUUGAAAAGUUGUUUGUGUUCGCCUUUUUUUUAGAGGUACACCCUACUCCAUAUACUUCUUUUCCUGGUUUACUCAUUGUGUUUUGUCAGUUUGCCCUUCAAAAAUGAAGCCAUUAGUAUUGGAGGAUUUGGGCAAUGGGAGUGAUCCGUGCGGUGUUUACUAACCUAUUUUGUGAUGAGAAUGCAAAUAAAAAAUAGAGUGAGAAAAUUUUAGAAAAAACAGAACACAUGUACAAUGUAAAAUAGCUAAUUUGUACAUGAAAUGUUUCGCUCACUAUAAUUUUUAUCACGUUUUCUAUUUCUGUGCUAUUUUUAAUUAAAAGAAUACUAAUUUAGUCUUAUUACACAGGAACAUGUUUGAAUUAUCAAUUUUAGAACAUUUAUUUCCAUGAAUCCUGGUAUUCAACUUUAAAUGUAUUUUUAAUUACCUGAAAAUGUACUAAUUCAUCAUGGAGCAUUAUUCUGCACUCCUUAAAGGUGUACUACUAUUGUUAAAUCUAUUUGCCAUUACAGACUCGACAAACUAAUCUUUAAUCUUUCACCACUUUAAGAUGCAAACAUAUGUGCAUAGCUUGUAGUAUUCCGACGCCAUUUGUAGAUUUUCUGAGCACCUUUAACCUUUUGCUUUUACAAUGACUGCAAUAAAUUCACCCCUUCCAGCUGCCAUCUGCAGAACAAUUUGACUUGCACUAUAAUGGAUGGUUUAAUAGGUUGACACUACGUUCAGCAUGUAUGCGAAGCAAACAUUGAUUCAUGUAUUUUUUUCCUGAAUUAUGAGUGUCGAAGCAUUUUUCAGGCCCAGAUACCAUCACCUCUCCAAACAAAAACAUUGCGCAAAUAUUCCUCAAGGCCACAUUCUUGUGAAAUACGUGCAAUGGAUAACUGAGAAGUGAUUCAUCUAAACAUCUGCUCAUAUAAUUUGCGUGCAAACCGUUUCUCCAUUGGCGUGCAUUAAAUUGUAUUGAAUGUUAUUUCAUUCUAAAACAGUAAUAAGUAGUCUAAAGAAGUGCAGCAAAAAAAAAAGACACUUGAAGUAGUAGUUUGGUGACAUAGAUCCAUCCAGCUCUUCUGAGUUCUUAAUGUGAUUUAUGUAGGUACCUGCUAUGGCCUUUAUUCCAUUACUUGGUCGACAACACUGUGUGGAAACAGUUUGAAAAAUAGAUCUCCUUAAUGACCCAUCAUCUUGCAGUCGUCACUAAACCACUGGUGUCCCCGCUUGCAGGAAUAAACGCUCCAUUGUUGUCUCUCUGCCCACACGCGAUCUGACAGCAUUCGUAGGCCUACCUCAUGUAGGAGGAUAAAAGCUACUCAGUUUUGUAGAUGUUAUCACAAGUCUUUGUAGAUGUUGGAAGGAAUUACGUCAAGGGUGUAAGAGAAAAAUGCCAAUUUUUUCAUGAGGCGUUAUUACCAGGCUAUAGCACGGACGCCCUCUAUUGGUUAAACCGAAGGUGUAGAUCAAAGGGAGGCGUAGAGAUAAGACAUUCCCUACCAAUGGUCGAAUACAAUACCAAAUCAUUAAACACAGUGUACACCAGAGCUUCAGUUAAGCCUUCAACACCACCAUGUCCAUCACAGUUAUCUGAGGGCCUGGUUUGUGAGUAGCCUUGUGUUUAAACGUAUUCAAUAAAGCAAGGCCAACGUGUGGUAUUCAAAAACCAAACAAGUCCCAGCAGUGUUUUGAACAGUUCAGCUGUGUCGCGGUGGGCUUGGCAGGCGGAGCGGCGUGCAACAUACGUCUCGCGGCUGCUCCCCUGGCUGCGCGAGGCUGCGCACAGCGUACCAUUCUGAAUGAUACCCACGCGCCCUGUGCUCGCUCCCGCCACAAACUGGAUUCAUUGGUUAUCGACGCGCGCGCUCCGCAAGUUGCCGUACAACCAGGGGAUUGAACCGUUCACUCGUUCCACGUUAAGUUUUCACCUCGUAAAGGGCGUCCUUAGAGCCUACGGGACUUUGGUGAAUUUGUUUGUUAUAAGAGCCGAGAGAACGCCACGUUAAACCUCCCGGGGUGAAAGUAUUUCAUUGAGGAUGGUCAGUAAAGUGAUUUAAAUCCGCCGUUCAUGAGCCGUGUCCUGUGGGAACGGUUUUGUUCGCGGCUCGAUAAUGACGAGGGGGCUGCCGGGGUCGUUGCCUACGGUUUAGCACCAGUCGUUUGAAACGUCUUUUCGGUGGAGAAUGAUCUCCGAAGUGUUUUUGCUCUGAUGGAUGAAGCCGUGCUGGUGGAUCCGCUGUUGAAGACGCCGAGGGGAGAUAACAGCAGCAGCACAACACUACAGAGCGACAGCGAAAGCUAAGCCCAUCGACGCCGACGUUAACAUCAGGUCACCCGCUCUGUUCUGACCCAUACAGGCAGCUGAUUGCAGUGAGUCAGUAUCAUGAGGCAGGCUGCGGGGCUGCCGCAGCAGUGGGGAUCUCAGCGCUAACACUGCCCGGUAGCUCUGACUGCGUCCAGCCAUGACGUCCUGGACAGGGGCCUGAGGCCCGGCCGGAACUUCGAGGACGAGGACCUAGACGUCGUGUCUGAACUGGCCUACAUUCACCCCCGAGACCGGCCCGACUGGGAGGAGACCAUUAGUGCCAUGGCCCGCAGUGCAGAGAUCCCCGAGCUGCGCACAGAGCCCCUCAUGCGCUCGUGCAGCAGCAGCACAGCCAGCAUGAAGGUCAAGAAUGUCAAGAAACUUUCUUUCACCAAGGGACACUUCCCCAAGCUGGCCGAGUGCGCUCAUUUUCACUACGAGAACGUGGACUUUGGCACAAUCCAGCUUUCCCUGGCGGAUGAGCAGUGUGAGGUGACCCGUAACGGCUAUGAGUCCAAAGAACUGGUGUACCUGGUCCAAAUCUACUGUCAGGGCCGGAGCUGGAUUGUGAGGCGCAGCUAUGAGGAUUUCCGUGUGCUGGACAAGCACCUGCAUCUCUGCAUCUACGACCGCCGCUUCUCCCAGCUGCCCGAGCUGCCCCGCUUCGACAGUCUGACGGACCAGUCCGAAUCCGUUUCCCAGAUGCUAUUGGCCUACCUCUCACGGCUCUCAGCCAUCGCUGACAACCAGAUCAACUGUGGGCCCGCCCUCACGUGGAUGGAGGUGGACAACAAGGGGAACCAUCUGUUGGUGCAUGAGGAGUCCUCCAUCAAUGUGCCAGCCAUCGCUGCUGCCCAUGUCAUCAAGCGCUACAUCGCCCAGGCCGCGGACGAGCUGUCAUUUGAGGUGGGUGAUAUUGUGUCGGUCAUUGACAUGCCCCCCAAGGAGGACACCACAUGGUGGAGAGGAAAACACGGCUUUCAGGUUGGCUUCUUUCCCAGCGAGUGUGUGGAGCUGAUAAACGAUAAAGUGCCGCAGUCUGUGACCAACGCAGUGCCAAAGCCAGCAUCGCCAUGCACUGGUCUGCAGCCUGCAUCCUGGAACCUCUUCCCUCCCUACCUGGAGAUGGAGAGUGUAAAACAGGACAAUGUUUGGGUCGCUGACCCCCUAAACCACUACAGCCCUGAUUCAGUGUCUAAGAAGCACGGCAAGCUGAUCACCUUCCUCCGCACCUUCAUGAAGUCGCGGCCCACCAAGCAGAAGCUGAAGCAGAGGGGCAUCCUCCGGGAGAGGGUCUUCGGCUGUGACCUGGGAGAGCACCUGCUGAACUCUGGUCAUGACGUUCCUCAAGUGCUCAAGAGCUGCACAGAGUUCCUCGAGAAGCACGGGGUGGUGGAUGGAAUCUACCGCCUCUCUGGAAUCGCGUCCAACAUCCAGAAGCUGAGGCACGAGUUUGACUCUGAGCAGAUCCCCGACCUGACCAAAGAUGUGUACAUCCAGGACAUCCACUGCGUGGGCUCACUGUGCAAGCUCUACUUUCGAGAGCUGCCUAACCCGCUGCUCACCUACCAGCUCUAUGAGAAGUUCUCUGAUGCCGUAUCGGCCGCCACAGACGAGGAGCGACUCAUCAAGAUCCAUGACGUCAUCCAGCAGCUGCCCCCGCCGCAUUACAGGACGCUGGAGUUCCUCAUGAGACACCUGUCGCACCUGGCCACGUUCAGCUACAUCACCAACAUGCACAGCAAGAACCUGGCCAUCGUGUGGGCACCCAACCUGCUGAGGUCGAAGCAGAUCGAGUCGGCCUGCUUCAGCGGCACGGCGGCCUUCAUGGAGGUGCGCAUCCAGUCGGUGGUGGUGGAGUUCAUCCUCAACCACACCGACGUGCUCUUCAGCGCCAAGCUCAGCUCCCUUAUACGGGAGGGCGCAGGCCACAACUCGCUGUCGCGGCCCAAGUCUCUGCUGGUGUCCUCUCCCUCCACAAAGCUGCUCACCCUGGAGGAGGCCCAGGCCCGCACGCAGGCCCAGAUCAACUCCCCCGUCACUGAGGACAGCAAGUACAUCGAGGUGGGCGAGGGGCCCGCCGCCCUGCAGGGCAAGUUCCACACAGUCAUCGAGUUUCCCACCGAGAGGAAGAGGCCUCCGGUCAAGGCCAAGAAGUCCCCGGUGGGCAGCUGGCGGUCCUUCUUCAACCUGGGGAAGUCGUCCUCCAUGUCCAAACGCAAGCUGCAAAGGAACCCCAGCGAGCCCAGCGAGCUCAAAGCCAUGGCCCUAGCCGGUGGGAGAGGAGACACGGCAACGCUGAGAUCGGCCAAGAGUGAAGAGUCCCUGACGUCCCUGCACAACGUCCAGGGAGAGUCCAAGGCCUACCGUCCGCGGCGGCCCCGCUCCAGCAGUGACGCCCUCUCCCCCUCCUUCGCCAACGAGCUCCUGGACGGCGGCCACCACCCACACCACCACCGCCGCGGGCGCCAGUCCGACUCCUACGACAACCUGGACGCGGCGGCGGCGGCGGCGGCUGGCGGCGGCGAGAGCGACGGGGACGACGGCCCCAUCCGCGUGCCGGCCCUCAUCUCGCCGCCCCGCUGCUCGGCCGCCUCGGGCGCCAACGGCGGCGAGGACGUGGACCUCAGCCCGCCCGACAUGGGCGUGGCCUCGCUGGACUUUGACCCCAUGUCCUUCCAGUGCAGCGGCCCCGACACGUCCUACGCCUUCCCCCUGGACGAGACGACGGGCGCGGCCGGAGGGGAGGGGCUCUGCUUCAGGACCCCGGGCUCGGGCAGCGCCUCGUCCGUCGCCGACGAGGCCCUCUCGCCGUUCCCCCUGGGGCCCCUCAACUUCCUGCUGCCGCCCGCCGAGCCCGGACGCACGGCCGGAGAGAAGGCGGGCGGCAUGAGGAUGAUGACGACGUCGUACUCGUACACGGACAAACCCACGCAGGCCGUCUCGCCCAUCAAAUGCGGGAAGUCAGCCAGCGCGGACUGGCUGUCCGCCUCGGAUCUCUUCCCCACAGAGCUGUCGCCCGGCGGGGAGGCCAGCCUCAGCCAGGCCUUCCAGCUGGAGCUGCAGGGCAAACUUGCCACGGCCGACAGCCGGGAGUCGAAACUCAAAGGGAGCUCGGAGCCACCGCAGAACGGCGCCGCGAAAGAGCACCAAGGAGCCAUAGCACUGGACACUUCAAAGGACCCCUCCCCAGCCCCUCCUCCUCCUCUCGCCCCUGCAGCCCAGCACUCCGCCCCUCCCCCUCCCCCACCCAAGACCUCCGCCCGCAUGCUGGCCCUGGUCCUGGCCGAAUCGGCCCAGCAAGCCUGCGUUCAGGUCCAGAGCGAGUCCCCCGCCGCGCUGGAGGCCGCGCCCUCCUGUCCCGUGGCCCCCCAGCCCAAGCCUCGCUCGGUCAGGGAGGGCCCCUCAGACGGAAGCUCCACGAAACCAAAGUCGACGGCCGUCCAUUCGGGGGGGGACCCGCCGCCGCAGGAACCCCUCUGCACGCGCCCGGACCCUCCACCCGGCCACACGCUCGCCAGCAAGCCUUCGCCAGCAGCGACCCUGGAGACGGGCUUCAGCGUACACACCACAGCUUUUCCCGCUCCUCUGAACCAGGGCCCCCUCUUAGCCGGCUCCACCAGCCAGGGGCCCCUCGGCCAGAGGAGCCCAGAGAGGCAGCAGAGGCAGCCCCGCGGCGCCGCGCCGCUACCGGUUAGCACCAGCACGUCUUCCACCGUCUCGGGUCCCGGCAGCACGGCCCGCUGCCAGGGGGCCGCUGCCGCGCCACAGCCGGCUCCUGAGGUCAAGUUAAGAGAGAGCGUGCCGCCCCCAACCCUUCCGAAGCCCACAGAGCGCCACUCGCUGAUGGCCCACCAGCCCAAGCCGGUGGCCCUCUCCCUGUCCCAGCAUCCACCACAACCCCAGCCCCAGCCCUCCACUCAGCCCACACCUCCAGCCCAGCCGGACACCCAGCCCCAGACAGCACUCCAGACAGCACUCCAGACAGCACCCCAAACAGCCCCCCAAACAGCAACCCCGCUCGCACCCCAGUCAGCUUCACAGCCAGCGCCCAGGACGGAAGGGCCUGCGCCCCAGACCGUGCCCCAGACGAACCAGGCCGCGCCCCAGGCCGCGCCCCAGACCGCCCCCCACACCGCCCCCCACACUGCCCCCCACACCGCCCCCAACACCGCCCCCCACAGCGCCCCCCACAGCGCCCCCCACACCGCCCCCCACACCGCCCCCCACACCGCCCCCCACACCGCCCCCCACACUGCCCCCAACACCGCGCCCCACACCGCCCCCCACACCGCCCCCCACACCGCCCCCCACACUGCCCCCAACACCGCGCCCCACACCGCCCCCCACACCGCCCCCCACACCGCCCCCCAGACCGCCCCCCACACCGCCCCCCACACCGCCCCCCACACCGCCCCCCACACUGCCCCCAACACCGCGCCCCAGACCGCCCCCCACACCGCCCCCCACACUGCCCCCAACACCGCGCCCCAGACCGCCCCCCACACCGCGCCCCUUCCCCAGUCUUACGGCCCCGCCCCGCCCCGGCCACAAGUGGCCCAGCUGGCCCAACCUCAGUCGCAGGCCAAGGUGAGCGCCCGCGUGGCUCCCACCACAGCGGAGACGACAGAGAAGCCGUGGGAGGCCAUCGAGCCAACGCAGCCCCCCCGCGGGGCCCCCGAAACGCCGCAGCCUCCGUCCAGGGAGCCCCCCGGCCCCACGCCCCCGGCCCCGCCCGUCCGCACCAUGGAGAGCAAGCUGGCGGCCGCCGCCCUCAGCCACAGCGAGGGGUCCAUGCCCAGCGCCCACCCCGACGACACCCCCCACUACGGCCCGCCGUCCCCCCGCAAGUCCAACAACCACCAGCCGGCCUACCUGUACCACACCCAGGGGGAGGCGGUCUCGCUGGAGCCCCCCGGACCGGCCUACUACCACCACCAGCACGGCAGUAUCCCCGUGGGCCCCCCCGCCCCGGCGCAGCACCACUACCGGCCCGACGCCGUGCCGCCGCCGGCAGCCCCCCACCACUCCUACGUCUCCAAGUCGGAGCCCCACAUAGCGUACCGGGCCCACAUGGACGGGCGCUACAGCACCCUGGGGCCCAGGUCCACCCACCACUCCAUCAAGUCCCGGAGCAACCACACCCGCAGCAUGUACAUCUCCCCCGGGCACCUGGUCCAGGGCCAGGGCUACGUCUCUGCCGACCGGAUCCCCGGGUACCCCACCAUCCGCAGGGUGCACUCCAUGCACGUGCCCUCCGCCAUCCGCACGGUGCCCGUCCUGCGCACCGAGGUCCCCCCCGAUGACGAGCUGUUCUUCUACCACCGGGCGGGCUUCCCCUGCAAGGCCUUCCAGCAGCAGCAGCAGCAGGCCGCGCAGCAGCAAGCCGCGCAGCAGCAAGCCGCGCAGCAACAGGCCGCGCAGCAACAGGCCGCGCAGCAACAGGCCGCCGCCCAGCAGCAGGCCGCGCAGGCCGACUACCACGUCACCCAGCUGCAGCCUUACUUUGAGAACGGCCGGGUGCAGUACCGCUACAGCCCCUACUCGGGCUCCAGCCCGCUGGAGGCGCCCUUCUACGACGUGGACCCCUACGGCAGCAUCCGCCUCCGACACGUCCACUCGUACGGCAGCCGGGAGCUGGGGGGCACGCUGGGCCGCCACUCGGGGAGCAAGGCCAGCGGCUACCACUACCUCUCCCGCCACGGCAUCCCGCCGGGCAAGGAGCACAGCUUCGUCAGCAGGGACAUGCCCCCCGGCCACGGCCCCAAGGGGGGGCCCGUCUACCUGUCCUGGGACCCCGAGGAGUGCGAGCGGCUCCGCAUGCACUCCAUCCGCAGGGAGAGCCGGGCCCGGCAGAAGAUGAAGGGGCCCGUGCUGUCCCAGUACGACAACGUGGGCGUGUACCCGGCGCCGGACCCCUCGGGCUACGACAGCCUGCACCUCCGCAGCAAGUCGGACCCCGGGAAGGCGGCGCAGAUGGCGGCGGCGGAGGCCAAGGAGGGCCGACACCCCCAGCCCAGGAGCCUGGCACCGGACGCAGACGUCCUGAUGUACGUUGAGACCUGCCGGCCCGACGGCCCGACCAAUCAGGGCGACUCCAGAAGGUGCCAGUCGUCCAACUCCCUGUCCGCCUCCUCUAGCCACAGCCUCUCGGCACCGCACGACGCCAAACACCAGCACGGCGCCGACGAGCUCUGCGGGGGAUCCGGCCGCUCCAAACACUGGCAGCAGGAGCACCCCAACAAGAGGGGCUUUGUGCCCCGCUACGAACGCCCCGAGGCCGACCGCCACCAGGCCAAGGCCCCCAGCGGCGGCUACCACGGCCCCGAGGAGCCGGCCUGGAGGGAGCAGCCGGCGCGCUCCAAGCCCGAGCGCUCUCACAGCAUGAGGGACCCGCCACCGCUCCACGCCCCGGCUCAGCCAGACGCCGAGCAGGACUACUCCUACCACAAGCGCGGCGGCAAGGCGGCCCCCUCGCACUAUGACAACUUGGACGACUACCACCAAGUACCUCAGCCACAGGCGCCCGUCCAGAAGCGCGGGCUGGGCCACGGCACCUUCCCUACUCCCGCAUUCACCGCGGUCCACAGCAACAGAGCCUACACCACGGCUCUGGGCCAAGGUGCCUUCCUCCAGGCGGAGCUGGCCAUCGCACGGCCGGAGACCGAAAUAUGUACAGAAUAGGAGAGACCCCUUUUCUUUUGUGUUUGGCAGGGAUGUCGAAAUUAACUUAUGCCGCGUAGAAGAAAAGCUGACAUUGAACAGCCUCUGCAGGACAGGGGACUGUCAUAUGACCAUUAUUUUUGUUGGCCCGUAUUUUUAAUGAAUUGUAAUUAAAACCUUAAAAAAUUGACUUUUUACAGAAAGUAUGAAAUGUACCGGAAAGUGUCUAUUGUCCAGCCGGUCAUGUUGUGGUGAUUGAUUUGGACAAUAGUCUUAAAUAUAUAUAUAUAUAUAUAUAUAUAUAUAUAUACACUAAAGACAAUGUGGUACAUUAAACAAGACACUGCAGAGAUGUUGGACAAACAGCCUAUAUCAAUAGAAGACGAGCAAAAGGUUUUAUGUUCAUUUUUUUCAUUAUUUUUUCUAGACUAGGCGCUGGGUACAAGCAUUAACUGGGAUUAAGGUUUUGCAUUUUAGAAAUGCAUGUAAUCUUGGUCUAUUACAGGACAAUUCUGUGUACUUCCCUCUCCAUCGCGCACGUCUGGAUGUGACAGCACAAGUCCGUGUGGGAGGAGGCCCGUUAGUCAGCAGGCCCCGCGCUGUGCGCCCCAACCCCUUCCGGCCUCAGUAUAAUCAGCCCAAUGAGAUGGUUGAGAUACACUGUCCGUAAAGUUUUCAAACAUUGAGGGGGAACUGGGGAGGGCAGAGUAUGAAAGAUUGACGAUCAAGCAAAUAUAGUGUUUAUUAAUGUCUUUGCUCUAUGUGUGACUGUGCCAUUUUUAUGUACAUUUGCUAUAGAGAAGAAAUAUACAGAAAAAUUGGAAUUGCUGAAAUUCUAAUUUAUGUUGAUUUUUCUUUUGGUUCUUGUUUGUUCUACAUUGUACGAGGGACCAAGCAGUUUGUGAACGGACUGGUUGGAGUACUCACUUGCACAGGAUUAGGAGGAAGCUGAAUGAGUGAAUGGCUGUUGAUGAUAUUAGUUGUGUAAAAGAUUAUAUUUCCUUCUCUUUUUCAUCCAUUUCGAAGAAUAUACGUGAACUGGAAUAACUGAAUAAAGUAACCUGAUAACAAAGUCUUCUCAAACAAGGCGAUAAAUAACGCUUUGCCAACUUUCUUUUGUUGAUAACUUGAGACCUAACGUUGCUACCACUUACACCCCUUUAUACCCCCCUUAUAUUACAAGCAAUUAAAAAUUGAUGGUUAAUCCACAAGUAGAUUCUGGUGUAACAUUUAACCUCAAUAUUUGUCACAUCCUGUUUGUUAACACUUGGGCUAUAAACUCUAGAGAUUAUUCCAUUUUAUGUACAAUGAUUUCUUGACAAAAAUAUUAAUCAUUCAAUCAUUGUUUUUAUAGUAACAUGGGGCUGAGCAUUUUCAGAAUUGCAUUUUCUGGUUUGCUCUAAAUUCUAGUUAUUGGUGGCCCCAGUUUUUCUUUUUACAAAGUUCCCUUGUUUGCUUCCGUCAGCCAACAUUGACUAUUAACCUAAAUACACCUGUAACCCUUGUCCAGAUGAGGCUCUCAAAGUUAAGAAGCGCUGUUUACUUGAAUGUAAAGCACCCAUAUUUGAAAAUUGAGUUUUCUAAAAAAGGUAUAUGAUAAAGAAACAAUAAAAUCUGUUCUUAAACGGG